GCAUGCUCACUCAGAGUCAGAGUCACAACGCUCAAUUUGGUCAAAGAAAGAAAGCACUUCAAGUUCGAUUUCAGAAUUCUGGAAAAGUCAGGCCGUUCAAGGAGCAAACUUCUUCCACAUCAACUUAAUCAAGAAUCCAAUUAGGUACUUGUAGAAUUUACAGCUUCACAAAACCACGGAAGGCUUUAUCAUCAGUUGAAGCGGGCAAUUGGGUUCGCUGCUUGCAUCCAAGAGACGGUGCACUGAUUUAUACGAGGUUUCCGUUUUGCAAGGGGCACCUAGCAGGGUUGACCUUGUUGGCAUUGCUUGCUCUGCCACCAUUUCUCUUCAGGCGUUUGCCGUUCGUCUUCCGGGGGUUUGCAGCUUGUUGGGGUCGGUACGUUCCGCAGUGUUGGAGCGCGCUCUGGCCAUGGCCUCCUCUACCGUGCUGCACCUAGGGCACCUGGCCCCCCCCAGCAUUGCCUGCUCCGCGCCCCAGCCACGCACCAAGCAGGGCGGCCAAGCGGCAUCAAUCCAAUUAGGCAGGCUACGAUUCAAUAGAAGCACUCCGCUAAUUCCAACUCAUGCUGGCUUGCGCGCCUGUCCCUCUCCCAGUCAGCAUGCGGCACUAGCGUGGCAGCCGGCAGGAGGGUUUUCUCCGGCGGGUCGUCCGCGCCACUUUCGCGGAACACCGGCGCGAGCGGCAGCUGCAGCAGGAGGAGGAGGCAAGAUAUCGCAGGGGGAGUUCACGGACAUGGCGUGGCAGGCGGUGCUGGCGGCGCCGGACGUGGCCAAGGAGAACAAGCACCAGAUUGUGGAGACGGAGCACCUGAUGAAGGCCCUCCUGGAGCAGCGCAACGGCCUGGCGCGCAGGAUCUUCAGCAAGGCCGAGGCCGACAACACCGCGCUGCUGCAGGCCACCGACCGCUUCAUCCAGCGCCAGCCCAAGGCGAGCGGCGUGGAGUACGGGUCCAUGCUGGGGCGGGACCUGGAGGCGCUGAUUGACCGUGCGCGCAGCAGCAAGAAGGGCAUGGGCGACAGCUUUGUGAGCGUGGAGCACCUGCUGCUGGGGUUUGUGGACGACAAGCGCUUUGGCCAGCAGCUGCUCAAGGACUUCAAGCUUACGCGCCAGACGCUUGACAAGGCCAUCGCAGCAGUGCGAGGCAAGCAGAACGUCACGGACCAGGACCCUGAGGGCAAGUACGAGGCGCUGGAGAAGUACGGCAAGGACCUGACGCAGGCGGCACGUGAGGGCAAGCUGGACCCCGUGAUUGGGCGGGACGACGAGAUCCGGCGCUGCAUCCAGAUCCUGAGCCGGCGCACCAAGAACAACCCGGUGCUCAUCGGCGAGCCGGGCGUGGGCAAGACGGCCAUCAGCGAGGGCCUGGCGCAGCGCAUUGUGGCGGGCGACGUUCCGCAGGCGCUCAUGGAGCGGCGGCUGAUCAGCCUGGACAUGGGCGCGCUGAUUGCGGGGGCCAAGUUCCGCGGCGAGUUCGAGGACCGGCUCAAGGCCGUGCUCAAGGAGGUCACCGACAGCGACGGCAGCGUCAUCCUGUUCAUCGACGAGAUCCACACGGUGGUCGGGGCCGGCGCGAGCGCGGGCGCGCUGGACGCGAGCAACCUGCUGAAACCGAUGCUGGGGCGCGGCGAGCUGCGGUGCAUCGGCGCCACGACGCUGGACGAGUACCGCAAGUACAUCGAGAAGGACCCCGCGCUGGAGCGCCGCUUCCAGCAGGUGUACGUGGACCAGCCGAGCGUGGAGGACACGGUGUCCAUCCUGCGCGGGCUGCGCGAGCGCUACGAGCUGCACCACGGCGUGCGCAUCGCGGACACCGCGCUGGUCGCGGCCGCGCUGCUGGCGGACCGGUACAUCAGCGACCGCUUCCUGCCGGACAAGGCGAUCGACCUGGUGGACGAGAGCGCGGCCAAGCUCAAGAUGGAGAUUACGAGCAAGCCGACGGCGCUGGACGAGGUGGACCGCUCCGUGAUCAAGCUGGAGAUGGAGAAGCUGAGCGUGAAGAACGACACGGACCGCGCGAGCAAGGAGCGGCUGGCGCGGCUGGACGACGAGCUGACGACGCUCAAGGGGCGGCAGCGCGAGCUGACGGAGCAGUGGGAGCACGAGAAGGGCGUGAUGACGCGCAUCCAGAGCAUCAAGGAGGAGAUGGACCGCGUCAACGUGGAGAUCCAGCAGAGCGAGCGCGACUACGACCUGAAUCGCGCCGCGGAGCUCAAGUACGGCAGCCUGAUCACGCUGCAGAAGCAGCUGGACGGCGCGGAGGCCGCGCUGGCGGCGUACCAGUCCAGCGGCGCGUCCAUGCUGCGCGAGGAGGUGACGGAGGCGGACAUUGCGGAGAUUGUGUCGCGCUGGACCGGCAUCCCCAUCUCCAAGCUGCAGGAGAGUGAGCGCGAGAAGCUGCUGCAGCUGGACGUGGAGCUGCACAAGCGCGUGGUGGGGCAGGACGUGGCGGUGACGGCCGUGGCGGAGGCCAUCCAGCGCAGCCGCGCGGGCCUGUCCGACCCCAACAAGCCCAUUGCCAGCCUCAUGUUCAUGGGGCCCACCGGCGUCGGCAAGACCGAGCUCGCCAAGGCGCUCGCCACCUACCUCUUCAAUACCGAGGAAGCCCUCGUCAGGAUCGACAUGAGCGAGUACAUGGAGAAGCACAGCGUGAGCCGGCUGGUGGGCGCGCCCCCCGGCUACGUCGGCUUCGAGGAGGGCGGCCAGCUGACGGAGGCCGUGCGCCGGCGGCCCUACUCCGUCGUGCUCUUUGACGAGGUCGAGAAAGCGCAUGCCGACGUCUUCAACAUCUUCCUGCAGAUUUUGGACGACGGGCGCGUGACGGACAGCCAGGGCCGCGUGGUCAACUUCAACAACACGGUGCUCAUCAUGACGUCCAACAUCGGCAGCCAGUACAUCACCGCCGGCCUCGACGCCGCGCUAGGCAGCGCAGAGACCGUCUACGAGGCCAUGCGCGACCGCGUGCUGGACGCUGCGCGCGCGCACUUCCGCCCCGAGUUCAUCAACCGCGUCGACGAGUACAUCGUCUUCCAGCAGCUCGCACCCGACCAGAUCGAGUCGAUCGUGCGGCUGCAGUUGGACCGCGUGCGGCAGCGGGUGGCCGACCGUAAGAUCAAGAUUGAGGUGACAGAGAGCGCGAUCAAGCUGCUGGGCGUCAUGGGUUACGACCCCGCCUACGGGGCCCGCCCUGUCAAGCGUGUGAUCCAACGGCAGAUCGAGAACGAGAUUGCGCGGCUGAUCCUGCGGGGGGAGGUGGGCGAGGACGACACGGUGGUGGUGGACACCGAGAUCACCACCACCGUCACCGGCGAAAUGAAGUCCAAGCUAAAGUUUGCACGGCGGCAUGACGGUGCAGCUGCAGGAAAGGACCGGAAAGCGCUGCAAGGGGCGGCCACUUGAGAUGUAAACGCCGAGAUGCAGGGCCUGCAGCUGGGUGUAGGGACAAACUUGUUUGAAUAAGUUGUUGUCUAGGUGCCAAUGUGCAUACCGACAGCAUUUAAUGAGUAGGCGAGGUGGUGACAGUGAGCGAUCAGAGUGUACAUCAUCGAAAGACUUCGAAGUUUGAUCUGUAUCUCGUCAGAACAUCCUAGCAAUCUAAGAAUUGUAAGAUAAGGAGCACUGAUCAUUGUACAGGCAGAAGACCAAUUGUUGUCUCUGACUCGAAAGUCGACAGUGACUAUUCGACCGGGACGGUUUACAAUUGUUUCAGUGAGCUGUGUUUGCGGACCGUGAUAUGGGUCCGUUGAUAUUGCGGUCUCAGCCGAGACUCAUGACACUCAAGUGAUAUUAGAUGUCCCAAUGUCAACGUUUCGUUCAGUCAGACCAUUGAACC